AGCUCCAACGAGUCCGGUUUCCGCGGAUCGUGGUACCUGGGGAAGGUGGUGGCCGUCCCAUCCUCAGACUCCACCACCACCAAAUGCGAGGUGGAGUACACGACGCUGUUCUUCGACAAGGAAGGGAGGAAACGGCUGAGGGAGGUCGUGGACGUGGGGCAGCUCCGUCCUCCGGCGCCGGCGGUGUCUGAGAGGGAGAAGAGGAGGGAGGUCGCGGUGGGGGACGACGUGGACGCGUUUUACAGCGACGGGUGGUGGGAAGGGACGGUGACGGAGGUAUUGGGGGAUGGGAGGUUGAGUGUUUACUUCAGGGCGUCAAAGGAGCAGAUUCGGUUUCGGAGAGAUGAGUUGAGGUUUCAUCGCGAGUGGGUUAACGGCGCGUGGAGGCCGCCGAUUGAGGAAACGGAAGUGGAUGAGGAGGAACAGGAAGAGGAAGAGGAAGAUGAAGAGGAUCUUUUAUCUCGAGUUGAUCCGGAAACUGCAAGAGAAAUCGCGAAACAAAUGUUUUCCAUUGGCACAACUGUUGAGGUUAGCAGCGAUGAGGAAGGUUUCAAAGGGGCUUGGUUUGCAGCUAAAGUCAUUGAACACAUUGGCGAAGACAAGUACCUUGUUGAGUACCGAGACUUGAGAGAAGAAAACGGCAUCGAGCCUUUGAAAGAAGAAGCCGACUAUCUGCACAUAAGGCCACCACCACCGACUGAUGAGGAUAUAGAUUUUGCUGUCGGCGACAAGAUUGAUGCGUUUUACAAUGACGCCUGGUGGGUAGGUGAUGUCAUAGAGACUAGUAUGAAGGACGGAAUCGUUGGUAUCUGUUUCAGGCCAUCAGGAGAAAAGAUGCGGUUUGGGAGACAGGGUCUUCGUCUGCAUAAAGACUGGAUCAACGGGACCUGGCAGCUACCACUGAAACGAGGAGAGAUGAAGAGGGCAGCAAAGAAAGUUCCGUGUGAUCGGAACGUGAGACCUAGAAAAGCAAUCGACAAGGAAUUUUUCAGCAUUGGAACUCCAGUGGAGGUCAGCAGUGUUGAAGAAGGAUUUGAAGAUUCUUGGUUUCUUGCAAAGGUUAUUGAGUACAUAGGAACGGACAAGUGCCUUGUGGAGUAUGAGAAGCUGAAAGCUGAAGAUGGGAAAGAGCCAUUGAGGGAAGAGGUUAAUGUUUUACAAAUGAGGCCUAGACCACAAGAGACGGUCAUGGUUAAUCCGUUGGAGAAGCUUGACAAAGUUGAUGCUUUGUAUAAUGAUGGAUGGUGGGUCGGGGUGGUUAGAAAGGUUCUUGCAAAGUCGAGCUACCUAGUUCAUUUCCCGAAAACAGAUGAGGUGCUAAAGUUUCAUGUUUCUCGGCUAAGGCCACAUCAGGAAUGGAUUGAUGGCAAGUGGAUAGAAUCUUCUAAGACUCAAACGGUGUAGUUGAGCUGGAGAACAGGGCAGGAUUCUGGGGAUCUCAAGUUUUGUUAAUUUGGAGGCAUUUGAAUCUGCUUGAUGUUCCAUUUCUAUUGUAUACAGUUGCAUUUAUGAUGAUGAUUGACCAGAAGAUAAAAGAAAAGAGUUGAUAUUUUAUUAAUUUCCAUGCA